CUUGGGAAGCUUCAGUCUUAUGUUCCCAUCCUAAAGAACUUUUAUGGGUUCAUUGAAGCUGGACCACAAAAACUUGAUUUUUCCCCCAGCUCUUAUGUAGCACACAGUACAUGCAGAAGGGCUCUGUUGGAGAUAUUGUAGACAUUUAAGAUGUUUAGGGCACAUCCUCAAAGAUUUGCUAGUUCAGAGUCAGGAUAAACUACCUUCUCCCCAGUUCCAGGGGAGGGAAGAAAUCCUUUUCCUUUUGGAGAAGAAAAGCCUUUUCAGAGCACUGCUGAGGGUGGGGCAGUCGCUGAGAGCUGACUGGAAUCUUAUAGUUCUUUUUGGAUAAUGUCCACGGUAGUCACCUGUUUUGCCCUUAUUUUUUGCCCUCUCCCUUUGUCUUCCCCUUACAUACUCAUCCCUCAUCUCCCCAACUCUUAACUGCCUUGCUCUAUUCUGUCUUGGUUUCACUUGUCCUGGUCUCAGUUGUCCCCUAUCUUGCCCUGUUUUUAAAUGCUAACUGUACCUCUCACCUGCCUACUUCCCAUUUCUUUUCCACCCUCAAUGGUGACUCACUUGUCCUCCUCCCUUCCCUCGGUCUUAACUCUCCUUUGCCUUUUCAUCUGCUCAUCCUCACCUGCGUCUGCUUUUAUCUGCUAGCUUACUUGCGUGACCCUCGCGUCCACCUGCUGCCUCACCCAGUACUUCCUCACCUGCCCCGCUCUCUCGAGGUCUCUCGUCCCGCACGAGAUGCCCAUAGGCUCUCCAGGGGCUGGGGCCUCGUUGGGAGAGGGGAAAGGAACUUUAGUCCAACCAGGAAAAACCUAGGAGUUUCUGAUGCGGAGAGGGAGUUGCCAUCUGAAGAAGGUGCCAAUGAAGAGCCGAGAUAGAAAAGGAGUAGCUGAACCAAUGAGGUCAGGAGACACGAUGGGCGGGUGAUAGGGAAAGCGGGAUCAAUGAGGCGGAUGAACGGCAAAACGAGGGCGGGUCUAAUAACAAGAACGGACCAAUGAGGCUCUGUAAAGACGGUGGGAGGCUGACCCGGCCGUGUCUCCUGUUUUCCCGUCCAACGGAAUUUGGGAAUCCCGAGGCCACUGUUUUAGAUUCAGCUUUUAGCAGCGGACAAGGAAAGCCAGCACCCUGGCCAUCCCGGUUCGCACCCCACCCCAACUCGGAGGCCCGGAAGCGGAAGUGACGGACACGGAAGUUGCCUGCUGUUGCCGAGGGGACGGGCCGGGCAGGUGCCAACAUGGCAGCGGUUGGGGCUGGCGGUUCCACCGCGGCGCCCGGGCCCGGGGCGGUCUCGGCGGGGGUGUUGGAGCCUGGCACUACAAGCGCGGCUCACCGGCGCCUCAAGUACAUAUCCCUAGCUGUGCUGGUAGUCCAGAAUGCCUCCCUCAUCCUCAGCAUCCGCUACGCCCGUACCCUGCCUGGCGACCGCUUCUUUGCCACCACCGCUGUGGUCAUGGCCGAAGUGCUUAAAGGGCUCACCUGCCUGCUGCUGCUCUUCGCACAGAAGAGAGGUAAUGUGAAGCACCUGGUUCUCUUCCUCCACGAGGCUGUCCUGGUACAGUAUGUGGACACGCUCAAGCUCGCAGUGCCCUCUCUCAUCUAUACCUUGCAGAAUAACCUCCAGUAUGUUGCCAUCUCCAACCUGCCAGCUGCCACUUUCCAGGUGACGUACCAGCUGAAGAUCCUGACCACGGCCCUGUUCUCCGUGCUCAUGCUGAACCGCAGCCUUUCCCGGCUGCAGUGGGCCUCCUUGCUGCUCCUCUUCACUGGUGUCGCCAUUGUCCAGGCACAGCAAGCUGGUGGGGGAGGCCCACGGCUACUGGAUCAGAACCCUGGGGUGGGCCUAGCAGCUGUCGUGGCCUCCUGUCUCUCCUCGGGCUUCGCAGGUGUCUACUUUGAGAAGAUCCUCAAAGGCAGUUCAGGCUCCGUGUGGCUGCGCAACCUGCAGCUGGGCCUCUUUGGCACAGCACUGGGCCUGGUGGGGCUCUGGUGGGCUGAGGGCACCGCUGUGGCCCGCCGCGGCUUCUUUUUUGGGUACACGCCUGCCGUCUGGGGCGUGGUGCUCAACCAGGCCUUCGGUGGCCUAUUAGUGGCUGUUGUUGUCAAGUAUGCCGACAACAUCCUCAAGGGCUUUGCCACCUCCCUGUCCAUUGUGCUGUCCACUGUUGCCUCCGUUCGCCUCUUUGGCUUCCACGUGGACCCAUUAUUUGCCCUUGGCGCUGGGCUCGUCAUUGGUGCCGUCUACCUCUACAGCCUUCCCCGAGGUGCAGCCAAAGCCAUAGCUUCCGCUUCUGCCUCCGUCUCCACCUCUGGGCCCUGCAUUCACCAGCAGCCUCCAGGGCAGCCACCACCACCGCAGCUGUCUUCCCACCGUGGGGACCUCAUCACGGAGCCCUUUCUGCCAAAGUUGCUCACCAAGGUGAAGGGUUCGUAGCUGCUGGGAUUGAAGACGUUGGCCUGGCCUCGCUCUCCCUUCUUGCCCUGGCUCAGCUGGGACCAAACACUCUGAUCAGUAUUAGGGGUAGGGUGAGGUAGACACCAAAAUCCCUGUCCCCAUCACCCCUACCCCACACAGGGCUGACAUAACUAAACUCUCUCUAGUAACGACCCACCUCAGCCCUCAGCCCCUGCCACCCCCACACUAUUUCUUAGGUGAGUUUUUGCAAAUAAAAUGUGUUUUG